UAUGAUGGGAUCAUCAAUGCCUUGCUUCAUUUUCUCUAGCUUUCUUUAUAAUCUUAUAUAUAUUCUUGUCUUUCUGAAUUUACUGUUGUGUUUCUCUUUCUCGCAGCCAUCUUGCCAUGAUGACGAAAGGACUUCUUUGUUGCAGUUUAAAGAAAGCUUCAUUAUCAGAAAGUCUGCUUUUCGUCUUAAUACUUCUUCAUAUCCAAAGGUUUCCUCAUGGACACACGAAGAUGAGACAAGAAAUUGCUGCUUGUGGGAUGGUGUUGAGUGUGAUGAGAAGACGGGCCAUGUGAUCGGACUUGAUCUCAGCAGCAGCUUUCUCUAUGGCACCAUCGACUCAAACAGCACCCUCUUCAACUUGCUUCACCUCCAAAGGCUCAAUCUUUCAGACAACCAUUUCAAUUACUCUCAAAUACCCACUGCUGUCAAGCGGCUUUCUAUGCUCACCAGUCUCUCGCUAGUUGACUCUGUCUUCUCUGGUCAAAUUCCCUUAGAAGUUUCAGAACUUUCCAAAUUGUCUGCUCUUUAUUUGUGCAGUAAUCUUGAUCCAUUUUCUGGAGAAAAUCUAUUGGAACUGAAGAAUCCCAAUUUGGAGAGCUUUAUUUCAAACUUGACAAGCCUUGAGGAGCUUUGUCUCAGUCAAGUUUACAUAUCGUCGACACUGCCUAAGUCGUUGGCGAAUUUAACUUCUUUGACAAUCCUAUACUUGAGGGAUUGCGAACUGAAAGGUGAAUUUCCAGUCGAUAUUUUUCAACUGCCAAAAUUACAAGAUCUCAGUGUUCGGUUUAAUAAAGAUCUUAGUGGAAGAUUGCCUGUGGUACUUAACGAGAGAAGUUCUCUUAAAAUGCUGUUGUUGUCACACACUCGCUUUUCUAGUGAACUACCUUUUGAGAAACUUGCUUCGUUGAAUAGGUUGGAAGUUGGAGGUUGCAACUUUUCUGGAGUGAUUCCCAAUUCCAUAGGUAAGUUGAAACAACUCACUUUUCUAGACCUUUCUUACAAUAAUUUUUCUGGACAAAUCUCUUCGCAUUUGUCAAACCUCACCCAACUCAUCCAUUUAUACCUUCAAUUUAAUCAUUUUAGUGGCCCAUUUCCUAUGCCAAUAUUCUCGAAAUUCGUGAACUUAGAAUCACUUUCCAUAGCUCAUAAUAAUUGGACAGGCACCUUAGAAUUUGACAUGUUCAAAGACCUCAAAAAUCUCAAUAUCCUUUCGCUAUCGCAUCUUAGACUCUCACUACCUCGUAUAAAUGAAACAUUUCCACAAUUGAGAGAACUAGAUUUGGGGUAUUGCAAUUUAAAAAAGUUUCCUGAAUUUCUUAGGCAUCAAAAAAGAAUAGAGACAUUAUAUCUUCAUGAUAACCAUAUUGGUGGUCAAAUACCAGAGUGGUUGCUAAAUAUAAACAAAAAAACAUUGAGAACUUUUUCUCUUUCUACAAAUUCCCUGAAAGGGGAACUUUCACCUACAAUUUGCAAACUUAGUUAUCUUAUCAAGCUUGACUUGUCCCAUAAUAAGUUGAGGGGUAAACUUCCCAAUUGUUUCGGUAGGUUUAGUAAAUCAUUAUCUUUAUUAAGUCUCACAAACAACUCUUUUUCUGGCAAUAUUCCAAAAUUUACCGAGGGAAACCAGCUGAAGCUUAUUGAUUUAAGUUAUAAUCUCUUUGAAGGGAAGUUAUCGCAAUCACUUACAAAUUGUAAGAUGCUUGGACAACUCAAUGUCGAAAGCAAUAAGUUCAAUGAUGUGUUCCCUUAUUGGUUAGGGACUCUUCCAAAGCUGAUAAUUCUAAACAUGCGAGCUAAUCAAUUCCAUGGAGUUAUAAGGGAGCCUCGAACAAAACUUCAUUUCCCUAAGUUACGUAUAAUUGAUAUAUCUUAUAAUAACUUCAUUGGUAAAUUACCGCUCAAAUACAUCCAGAGUUGGAAUGCCAUGACUAGUACAAGUGUUGAAAACUUUGGUUAUUUGACAUCAUUAUCCAUCAAUUUAUCAACAAACAUUAACCCCGUGGAUAAGCCAGUUUAUUAUUUCCAAACUAUACUAUCAAUAAAAGGCAUGUAUAGGCAGUUUGAUGGGAUCCAAAAUAUUAUUGCAAUCAUAAACUUCUCCAACAAUAAAUUUAAUGGAGAAAUUCUUGAAGUCAUUGGAAACCUAAAGGGAUUGUAUGCCCUUCAUUUAUCCAAAAAUAGUCUCAAUGGUAGCAUACCUUCUUCACUAGGAAAACUAGCCAAGCUUGAAUCCUUAGACCUUUCUCAAAAUGAGCUUUCGGGGCAAAUCCCUUCUGAACUAGCCCAACUCUUUUUUCUUCAAUACUUCAAUGUUUCAUACAACCACCUCUCAGGGUCUAUACCACAUCAAAACCAAUUAAGUACCUUUGAGAGUAGUUCCUUUGAGGGAAACAUGGGAUUAUGUGGCAUUCCAUUGCCAAACUUGUGUGGAAACUCUGAAGCAUUGAAACCACCACUAAUUGAAGAUGAACAACAAGAAGAGUGGAGUUAUCUUUUUCAAUUUGGUUGGAAAGUUGUGGUGAUAGGAUAUGGAUGUGGAUUUUUAGCUGGAUUAUUCAUAGAGAAAAUUCCAUCUUGCCAUGAUGACGAAAGGACUUCCUUGUUGCAGUUUAAAGAAAGCUUCAUUAUCAGCAAGUUUGCUUCUCGUCGUAAUACUUCUUCAUAUCCAAAGGUUUCCUCAUGGACACACGAAGCUGAGACAAGUAAUUGCUGCUUGUGGGAUGGUGUUGAGUGUGAUGAGAAGACGGGCCAUGUGAUCGGACUUGAUCUCAGCAGCAGCUUUCUCUAUGGCACCAUCGACUCAAACAGCACCCUCUUCAACUUGCUUCACCUCCAGAGGCUCAAUCUUUCAGACAACCAUUUCAAUUACUCUCAAAUACCCACUGCUGUCAAGCGACUUUCUAUGCUCACCAGUCUCUGGCUAUUUGACUCUGUCAUCUCUGGUCAAAUUCCCUCAGAAGUUUCAGAACUUUCCAAAUUGUCUGCUCUUUAUUUGUGCGUUAAUGUUGAUCCAUUUUCUGGAGAAAAUCUAUUGGAACUGAAGAAUCCCAAUUUGGAGAGCUUUAUUUCAAACUUGACAUGCCUUGAGGAGCUUUGUCUCAGUAAUGUUUACAUAUCGUCGACACUGCCUAAGUCGUUGGCGAAUUUAACUUCUUUGACAAUCCUAGCCUUGCGGGAUUGCGAAUUGAAAGGUGAAUUUCCAGUCAAUAUUUUUCAACUGCCAAAAUUACAAGUUCUCAGUGUGCGGUUUAAUAAAGAUCUUAGAGGAAGAUUGCCUGCAGUACUUAACGAGAGAAGUUCUCUUAAAGUAUUGAGGUUGUCAGGCACUCACUUUUCUGGUGAACUACCUUUUGAGAAACUUGCUUCUUUGAGUUGGUUCGAUGUUAGAGGUUGCAAGUAUUCUGGAGCGAUUCCAAGUUCUAUAGGUAAGCUGAAGCAUCUAUUUCUUCUAGACCUUUCUGAAAAUAAAUUUUCUGGACAAAUCUCUUCUUAUCUGUCAAACCUUACCCAACUCAACUAUUUAUAUCUUCACUCAAAUCAUUUUAGUGGCCCAUUUCCUAUGUCAAUAUUCUUGAAACUCGUGAACUUGGAAUUGCUUUUCAUAGCUUAUAAUAAUUGGACAGGCACUGUAGAAUUUGACAUGUUCAAAGGCCUCAAAAACCUCAAUGCCAUUUCGCUAUCAGAUCUCAAAUUGUCACUCCCUCAUAUAAAUGAAACAUUUCCACAAUUGACAGAACUAGAUUUGAUGUAUUGCAAGUUAAGAAAGUUUCCUGAAUUUCUUAGGCAUCAAAAAAGAAUGGAGUCAUUAACUCUUGAAGGUAACCAUAUUGGUGGUGGAAUACCAGAAUGGUUGCUAAAUAUAAACAGAGAAACAUUGACAAUUUUAUCUCUUUCUACAAACUGCCUAUCAGGGAAACUUUCACCUACAAUUUGCAAACUUAGUUCUCUUAUCAUGCUUGACUUGUCCCAUAAUAAGCUGAGGGGUAAACUUCCCAAUUGUUUCGGUAAGCUUAGCAAGUCAUUAUCUGUAUUAAGUCUUACAGAUAACUCUUUUUCUGGCAACAUUCCCAACUUUACAAAGGGAAACCAACUGAAGCUUAUUGAUUUAAGUUAUAAUUUCUUUGAAGGGAAGUUAUCGCAAUCACUUACAAAUUGUAAGAUGCUGGGACACCUCAAUGUCGAAAGCAAUAAGCUCAAUGAUGUGUUCCCUUAUUGGUUAGGGACUCUUCCAGAGUUGAUAAUUCUAAACCUGCGAGCUAAUCAAUUCCAUGGAGUUAUAAGGGAGCAUCGAACAAAACUUCAUUUCCCUAAGUUACGUGUAAUUGAUAUAUCUUAUAAUAACUUCAUUGGUAAAUUGCCGCUCAAAUACAUCCAGAGUUGGAAUGCCAUGACUAGUACAAGUGUUGAAAACUUUGGUUAUUUGACAUCACUAUCCAUCAAUUUCUCAGCAUACUUUGACAACGUGGUUAAGCCAAUUUUUUAUUUCCAAGAAUACCUUGACUACAUGGGUAAGCCAGCUUUUUAUUUCCAAACUAUACUAUCAAUAAAAGGCAUGUAUAGGCAGUUUGAUGGGAUCCAAAAUAUUAUUGCGAUCAUAAACUUCUCCAACAAUAAAUUUAAUGGAGAAAUUCUUGAAGUCAUUGGAAACCUAAAGGGAUUGUAUGCCCUUGAUUUAUCCAAAAACAGUCUCAAUGGUAACAUACCCUCUUCAUUGGGAAAACUAGCCAAGCUUGAAUCCUUAGACCUUUCUCAAAAUGAGCUUUCGGGGAAAAUCCCUUCUGAACUAGCCCAACUCUUUUUUCUUCAAUACUUCAAUGUUUCAUACAACCACCUCUCAGGGUCUAUACCACAGCAAAACCAAUUAACUACCUUUGAGAGUAGUUCCUUUGAGGGAAACAUGGGAUUAUGUGGCAUUCCAUUGCCAAACUUGUGUGGAAACUCUGAAGCAUUGAAACCACCACUAGUUAAAGAUGAACAGCAAGAAGAGUUGAGUUAUCUUUUUCAAUUUGGUUGGCAAGUUGUGGCGAUAGGAUAUGGAUGUGGAUUUAUAGCUGGAUUAUUCAUAGCGAAAAUUGUGAUCCCUUGA